AACCUGAACCACUUCGCUGAAGCAAAAAUACUAGACAUAGUACGAUCAAAGCCACGAAACAAAACAUGUUGCGUAGAAGUGUGCACGCCCAGAAGUUGCUCCUUCUCCAGGGAGGGACGGCUAAUUACAUCCUGUCGUUCGAGUCGCAGCUGAUGACCGCCAGAGCGGUCGACGUGGCGGAGAUCGUGGAGAAGCCAGUUACAACAACUUCGGAGAUUCAGUUUGACGCGGAGUUUACCGACGCGGUCGUCGACGGAGAGCAGGACGAGGACCACCACGAAAAAAACACGAUGGCAGCGGUAUGGCCUGCUCAAACGUUACAAUCUCAAACGUUACAACAAUAGAAUCUGGAAUUUGUAUUGCAUGAGGAGCAUGAGGAACGCAGAGAGAAUUGAGCUUUUCGCAAUACAAAUUUUGCCAGAUUUCAGGUGGGUUUGGGACUCCGAAACCUGUCAAGCGCAAUCCUAUGGGAGUAGGCUAGAUCAUGCAGUUCUUGCAUCACAGAUUUCCAGAUUCUAUUGUAACGUUUGAGAUUGUAAAAACGUCUGAGCGGGUCAUAAGCGGCGAGCGCCGUCCUCGAUUUGAAUCAACCGGAGGAGAAGGAAGCUGCGUGGGAUGUGACCUAUCGGGAGUUCAACAGCGGCACUACUCGCACCUUGACCGAGGAUGAGCGCCUUGCAUUCUUCGCGCCCCCGUCGGAGGAUGACAAGGAGCCGGGCGUGCGUGUAUCAUCUUCCUCUUCGGGGAGCGGGGACUUUGCCAGAAUUUCCAACGCCACGAUGGAGUGCGCGGACAAGGAGGCGCAGGCCAAGUGGUGCGCGUGCAAGACCAAGACGUCGAACUUUGAUGACCACGGCUCCGGAGAAUGCUUGCUGGACCCGAAUGUAGUUCCGAUCGUCGACCUACAGCUCUUGCAUGGAACGCCGGGGCGCUGCUGGGGACCGACAAACUGCGUGACAAACUGCUGGGGAUUCUGCAUGACAAACUGCGCUUCUGCAUCACAGAAAAACGCAGAUCUUGGGUAA